GAAAGACAUGGUAGAAGAGUUCCCCUCUUCUGCUUCCCCCAUGAAGUUCUUUCUUUUUUUAAUUCUGGUCGCGGCUGCCUUGGCGGUUGUGAAAACAGGCACUCACAAAGAGAUGAAGACACUGACGGCUGGAUCACAGGUCAAGAUCCCCUGCAAGCUGAAGGGGCCCCUGCUGAACUGGUAUUGGGUUCCACAGUACCCCAUCUGUGCCGGCAUUGGGAAUGAAGGCCAUGUGGCUGUAUUCUCAGUAACUGGCGGAGAAGAUCGGGUGUUGCCUAUGCGGUUUCAACAGCGCUCAGCAAAGCAGGGGAACAAAGCAAAUGGCAGCUUAGUCCUCAUCCUCAAAACCCUCAACAUGAACGACUCGGGCAUUUUCUACUGUUCCGACGGCAAGAAAAAUUCAACAAUGAUCUCAGUCACUGUGGAACCUGGCGAUGGAGGAGGAAUUGUCAGAACUUCCAAGAUGACCCUUCAAAACCACCAGACGGUAACCCUUUCCUGUAAGCUCUGUGAGGAUCAGGACCAGGCUAAAUCCACCACCAUCUGGAUGUUGAAUGGCAAGGAGGUGUCCGAAAAUGCAGAUAUCCGGUGGACAAGGAACAGCCUAACAAUAAAAAAAUUUUCUCGUCAAUAUUACGGCCUCUGGAACUGUAGCCAUCCUGCAUGUCAAUAUGGCUACUGCUUGGAAGCCAGUUCUGGGAAAUCUGGGAAUGAGGAAAUAUUGCACUCGAACCCAAAUCUGCAAGAUGUAGGGCCUACUGCUGACCCACGUAUAAUUGGUGGCUGUGUUGCUGGACUCCUCACCCUCCUCUUGGUGGGUGCAAUUGUGUUCAUCACCUGCAGAAAUCGUUCGUCACACAGCAUCAGUGAGACUGCAAAGCAGACAGAAGCACAAGGAAGCAACGACCCAGCUGUACCAGAAGGAUCUUCUCAGAGCAGAGAGAAAGAGGAACCUGGAACUGAUGACCAUGCCUACAUAGAGGGAGCCGAAGGAAUCCAAUACUCAGCUGUAGAGUUCAGAGAGAGUGGCAGGUAUCAGACUAAGAUGGAUAAUGGAACUUCGACCGUCAUAUAUGCUGAAAUGCCCAAGAGCAGUUGAUCAAGAGGGAUGGCUCGUAGCAGCUGAUGUACAUACAUCUCAAGGCCAGUGAGCAACAACAAAUUUAAUGGAUUUCUGCAAAACAUUUUAAUUGCUUAAGAUGCCAGGAAACCUGAUAUGUCAUCAUUGAAAAAAGUGUUAUCGUGUGGAUGACAUAUAGCAAAGGACAAUUAUGCCACAGGUACAGCAACAAACUUUACUGGGGUGGGGGAAGGCAGACAAGUAGCAGAGGAAUUUGAAUGUCCUGCUUUUGGAACACAAAAUAUAGGAACAACAUGUACUGUAAUACCAUUUUCUGUCUCCUGCGAUAGUUAUCAGACUUCAGUUUAUCUAAACAAAAAUUGUGUGCAUGAUACACGACUCAGGGUUAUAUCCAACUCAAUCAAUUGUGUGAGUGGAACAGCUUCCUUGAGCACAAUGGAAAUUCCCUCCCUCUCCCCCCUAAACCUGCUUUGGAGAUUCCUCCAACCCUCCUUAGUAGAUUUGGGGGCUGCGUGAGGGAUGCAUAGUGGGGGGGGGGAAGGAGAAGGAAAGUUCAGGUGUGCUUGUGGAAGUUGUUCUGCUUGCACAACGGCUUAGCUGGAUUCAACCCUUGCAGUGCAAUCCUUUGCAUGCUUGUUCAGAAGUAAGCCCCAUUGUGUUCAGCAAGCUAUUAAAUACAUUUCAGAUUGCAGCUCUAAGGCUGCAAGCCUACACAAUCUUACCUAGAAUAAGACAAGCAUAGGAUUACACGGUUAAUGGCCUUUCUAGUGCAUGCUUUUUAAAUUAUCAAAAUGAAAUGUAUGCAAAUAAUUAAUGGGAAGAGCGGCCCCCAGCUGCUGGCAUUCGGACCCCUCUGCUGAAUUAUUUAUUAUUACAUCUAUAGCACCGCUAGUGUACAAGGCACUUUGCAGGGCAAUAGAAGCCAGAGAGUAAGAGAUGCCCAUGGCCCAAGACAAUUACAAUUUAAAAUUAGACAUUGGGGGAAAAAACAGAUGAAUGCAAGAGGAGGGAAGGAGAGAGCAGGGUCAUAAUGGAUUGGUACUUAUAACUUCAGCAAUAGGUGCUUAGGCUCAGUUGUGGUGAAAGGGCCAAACUAGACCUGAUGUUAAUUGCAAUCAUUGUGGUUAACAUGUUCCUUUAAAGAUAAACUGCAGCUGCUGGCAGGUCUGAUGAACAGCUUGGACAGCUCCUUGAAAGUUGGGACUAUAAUCUGGAGCUGAUUUGCUGCCCCACUGACGUCAAAGCCACCAGCCUCCAACGUUUUAGACUUGAAUUCAGUUCUCAAUGUUUCUGCAAUUUGCAAUCCACACCCAAAAAUCUUCAUGAAAACGUAUCAGCAUUUCAGUAUGAAUUUCUCCUAAUAAACACAUUUUUGU